UGGAUAUCAUCAAAACUCCCGCUUUAUUCUUUCCUUCGUUUCCUCCUCGUUCUUGCAAUGAUUUAUUGUUUCUCGGGCAAUCCGCUAAUUCACUUACUUGCGAAUUGGAAGAAACUGGAAUCCAAUUGCUUAUACAAAUAAAAAGCCCUCCUUAAUUUUAUCUCUCUUCUUAGAGCUUCUAAUGGCGUUGUCUUCCACAUACUGUCGCUUUUCUUCUGCCUUCUCGACUUCCUCCAUCAAGAACCAAGAGAGAUGCCUCUUCACAGCCAGCCAAAUCGACUUCAACUUCUGUUCCCAUAUCUUCGCAGGCUCUAGGCUUCUUCAGAUGAAAUGCUCCAACGGCCAUCUGAUCCCUGUGGAAAAUAGCUUUGCCGACAGUUCAAUAGUGGAUAGGUCUGUUACAAAUUUUGAAGUUAGCUCGGAUCAUUUUUCAAGUUCAGAGCAAAAUAAAACUACAGUGAGUGUCACUGUUGUUGGAGCCUCUGGUGAUCUUGCCAAGAAGAAAAUCUUUCCUGCACUUUUUGCACUCUAUUAUGAGAAUUUUCUUCCUGAGCAUUUUACUAUAUUUGGUUAUGCCCGUAGUAAGAUGUCUGAUGAAGAGCUGAGAAACAUGAUUAGCAAAACACUUACAUGCAGAAUAGAUAAAAGGGAAAAUUGUGGUGACAAGAUGGAAAAGUUUCUCCAGAGGUGUUUCUACCAGUCAGGACAGUAUGAUUCUGAAGAGAACUUCAAGGAGUUAGAUAAGAAACUAAAAGAGAGAGAGGCUGGAAGAGUGCCAAAUAGAUUAUUUUACUUAUCAAUCCCUCCAAAUAUAUUCGUUGAUGUCGUCAGAUGCGCUACCUAUGGUGCUUCUUCUCCUACUGGAUGGACUAGAGUAAUAGUUGAGAAGCCCUUUGGACGUGACUCUGAAUCUUCCAGAGAGCUUACAGCAUCUUUGAAGCAAUAUUUAACGGAAGAUCAAAUUUUCAGGAUUGAUCAUUACUUGGGAAAAGAACUUGUAGAGAAUCUAUCAGUCCUUCGUUUCUCAAAUCUCGUGUUUGAACCACUUUGGUCACGACAAUACAUCAGAAAUGUGCAGCUCAUAUUCUCUGAGGAUUUUGGAACAGAGGGUAGAGGCGGUUACUUUGAUAGCUAUGGAAUAAUCCGGGACAUAAUGCAGAACCAUCUUCUUCAGAUACUGGCAUUGUUUGCCAUGGAAACACCAGUCAGCUUAGAUGCAGAAGAUAUUCGUAAUGAGAAGGUGAAAGUGUUGAAAUCAAUGAGGCCGUUGGAAAUAGAAGAUGUUAUAGUUGGGCAAUAUAAGGGUCACUCAAAGGGAGGAAAAUCUUAUCCUUCUUACACUGAUGAUCCAAAAGUGCCAAAUAAUAGCCUCACUCCAACUUUUGCUGCAGCAGCAUUGUUUAUUGAUAAUGCUAGAUGGGAUGGUGUGCCAUUUCUGAUGAAAGCUGGGAAGGCAUUGCAUUCCAAUGGAGCGGAGAUUAGAGUACAGUUCAGGCAUGUGCCUGGUAAUCUUUACAGAAGAAACUUUGGAACUUAUCUAGAUAAGAAUACUAAUGAGCUUGUGAUCCGUGUGCAACCAAACGAAGCUAUAUAUCUGAAGAUAAACAAUAAGGUUCCAGGUCUAGGCAUGAGGCUGGACAGAAGUAAUCUGAAUCUGUUAUAUUCUGCAAAGUACAGUAGAGAAAUACCAGAUGCAUAUGAGAGACUGCUCUUAGAUGCCAUUGAAGGUGAGCGUAGGCUUUUCAUUAGGAGUGAUGAACUUGAUGCAGCCUGGGCUCUCUUCACUCCAGUACUUAAGGAAUUAGAAGAAAAACAUGUUUUUCCUGAGCUCUAUCCCUUUGGAAGCAGAGGCCCAGUUGGAGCACAUUAUCUUGCAGCUAAGUAUAAUGUCAGGUGGGGUGAUCUUUCCAAUGAUGAUUCUUAAGAGUUUCUUUUUAACUGUCUGAAAAAUUAGUUGUUGUGAAGUUUUUGUGGGAAAUUAGGAGUUCGUUUUUGAAAGUUGUUGCGGAUAUUAUUGAAUUUUUUUCUUUCGGGUUGUAAAAAGUUAUUUUUAUUGUUUUAAUUUUAAGAAAAUAACAAGAAAGCUUUUAGAUA